AUGAUUGUCCCUACCCAAACAAUUAUGGUUAUGGAUGGUUCUAUCGGUCAAGCUGCUGAAUCCCAAGCUAAAGCUUUCAAGGAAAGUUCGCAAUUUGGUUCCAUUAUCUUGACCAAGAUGGAUGGUCAUGCAAGAGGUGGUGGUGCUAUAUCUGCCGUGGCAACAACGAAAACCCCAAUUGUUUUCAUAGGUACAGGUGAGCAUGCUACCGAUUUAGAGAUUUUCAAGCCCCAAUCGUUUAUUUCCAAAUUAUUAGGAAUUGGUGACAUUCAAUCUUUAAUCGAGCACGUUCAGUCCUUAAACUUACAGGACGACGAGUCACAUAAAAAGACUAUCGAAAAUUUCAAGGAGGGUAAGUUUACCUUGAGAGACUUCCAAACCCAGAUGAAUAACUUUAUGAAAAUGGGGCCAUUAACCAACAUCGCUUCUAUGAUUCCAGGUAUGUCGAACAUAAUGUCUCAAGUAGGCGAAGAAGAGACCAGUUCUAAGAUCAAAAAUAUGAUUUACAUUAUGGAUUCGAUGACUACGAAGGAAUUGGACAGCGACGGGCGCAUUUUCACUCAAGAACCAGAAAGAAUUAUCAGAGUCGCAAGAGGUGCGGGUUGUACGGCUGUUGAGGUUGAAAUGGUCUUGCAACAGCAAAGAAUGAUGAGUGCUAUGGCCGUUAAUGCUAAAAAUAUGGGAGGACCUCAAGGUGCCCCAGGCGCCGCUCCAGGUGGUAACAAUAUGGCCAGAAUGAUGCAACAAGCUCAACAAAACCCAGGUUUCAUGCAACAAGCCAUGAAUAUGUUCGGUGGUGCUGGCGGUGCUGGUGGUGCUGGUGGUAUGCCAGAUAUGUCUGCCAUGAUGAACAAUCCUAACAUGAUACAACAAGCUCAACAAAUGAUGAGGCAAAACCCUGGAAUGAUGCAACAAGCUCAACAAAUGAUGCAAAAUCCUGGAAUGAUGCAAAAAAUGAUGAGCCAGUUUGGUGGAAUGGGUGGAAUGGGUGGAAUGGGUAACUAA